AUCGCAACACAUAACAAGAACUUUUUUCAUAUUUUACUUCCUCUCUCACUGCUUGUGAGUUCAGGAAAAUGGCAGAGGCCAGUAUUUCAGUAGAUCAGCUUUCAGUGGAUCAGUUUAUCUGUCCAGUGUGUCUGGAUCUCCUGAAGAAUCCGGUGGCUAUCCCCUGUGGUCACAGUUUCUGUAAGGUGUGUAUUAAUGGCUGCUGGGAUCAGGAGGAUCAGAGUGGAGUUUAUAGAUGUCCUCAGUGCAGAGACACUUUCACUCCAAGGCCUGUUCUACGCAGAAACAACAUGCUGGCUGAAGUGGUGGAGAAACUGAAGAAGAAGACUGAAGUCCAAGCUGCUUCUCCUGCUCACUGUUACACUGGACCUGGGGAGUCUGCAGAUGAUCUGAUGCAUCUGUCCCAUGUGAUGUGGCUGAUUGUUCUGUUGUGUCUGGCCUACUUUAUGUGUCCUACCUCCUUAAACAAAAAUGAUAGAAAUGGUUUGGAAAAGGACAAGUUAGAAAAAGCUUCUGAAAAGAUCUGCCCUGAACAUGAUAAACUGAACGAGAUCUACUGUCGUACUGACCAGAGCUUCAUCUGUUAUCUGUGUACGAUGGACAAACACAAAGGUCAUGACACUGUUCCUGCUGUAUCAGAGAGAGCUAAAAAACAGAGUGAGUUAAAGGAGGAGCAGAUGAAAUUCCAGCAGAGAAUCCAGGAGAAGCAGAAGAAGGUGCAGGAGCUGAAACAGACUGUGAACAGCAUGAAGAUCAGUGCACAGACAGCAGUAGAUGACAGUGAGAUGAUCUUUACUGAGAUGAUCAGCUCCAUGGAGAAAAAGUGCUCGGAGGUGACGGAGCUGAUCAGAGCUCAGGAGAAGGCUGAACUGAGUCGAGCUGAACGACUCCUGGAGCAACUGGAGCAGGAGAUUGCUGAUCUUCAGAAGAGAGACACUGAGAUGGAGCAGCUUUCACACACACAUGAUCACAUCCACUUCCUCCAGAGUUUCCAGUCUCUCCGUGUCUCUUCUGGACGUGACGACUCAUCCAGCAUCACUGUCCAUCAACAUCUCUCAUUUGAUGGAGUGAGGAAAUCUCUCUCUGAUCUGAAAAAGAGACUGGAGGAAAUCUUCCAGGAGGAAUUCAUCAAAAUCCCUGAAUGUGCUGCAGCAGUUCAGAUGAUUUUACCCUCAGAACCAAAGAGCAGAGAAGAUUUUCUGCAGUAUUUCUGUGAUCUGACUCUGGAUCCCAACACAGUACAUUAUUACCUCAUUCUGUCUGAGAAGAACAGAGCGGUGAAGAGCAGUGAGAGAAAGCAGCGAUACUCUGAUCAUCCAGAGAGAUUUGACAUCUACAGUCAGGUGUUGAGUAAGGAGAGUGUGUGUGGACGCUGUUACUGGGAGGUGGAGUGGAGCAGUGAGGGAUGUGUGGAAAUAUCAGUCUCAUAUAAAGACAUCAGCAGGAAAGGACCGGGUAAUAAGUGUGUGUUUGGACGCAACAAUCAGUCCUGGAGUCUGGAAUGUUCUUCUUCUUCUCUUUAUUUCUAUCACAACUACAUUAAGACUGAUCUCAGAGUUCCAUCAUCCUCCAGAAUAGGAGUUUAUGUGGAUCACAGUGCAGGAACUCUGUCCUUCUACAGCGUCUCUGACCCCAUGAAGCUCCUCCACAGAGUCCACACCACAUUCACUCAGCCUCUAUACGCUGGAUUCUGGCUCAGCGUUAGUAAAAAAUCAGAUGUGAGAUUAAAUAAAAAUUUACUAAUGUGAUUUUUUAUCAAAACUAGCAAAUAUAACAUUCCUUUUUUAUAUCAGGUUUUCUCUAAUAAAGAUGUAAUAUAAACUGAUUUUUUAUUUCUUACAAUAUAAUUAUUUAGAAUGUUACAUUUUUUGUGAUCAUUUCUUUCAGUUUGGAAUGGCUUAUUGUCUAUAUCAAUAUAUAUAUAAUAUUAAUAUAUCAAUAUUCUCCUCUUGUAUGUGUAUGUAUGCGUACUUACUCAUUCACAAAAGGAUUUCUGGUUAUAUAUGGGUGCACCUGUGUACCCUGGCCAGUAGAGGGCAGUAUAGAUACAUUUGUUCAGCUUUAAUAACCAAGUAGAAUCAGACUCGAUCAGAAACAGAAUCAAUCAGAAUUAAUAAAAUAGAAUCAAUCUCAUGUUCAAUGCUUUCUCUUAAUUCUGCAAUUCUGAAAUUCACUGUUAAAGAAUCAGAAAGCCUAGGUAUGAACUUGGAUGAUUUUUAUCUCAGAGGUCAGUGGUUAUUAUCUCAGUGGACUGUGUGAUACAGAGACAUGCUGAGCUUUCACAGAGC